GGACGCAGCCUCACACAGCGGCGGGGAAAACAGCAGCAGUCACCGAGAGACUGAGGGUGGAAAAAGAAGGAAGGAGAAACAUUUUUUUUUCGGCUUUGUUUGUGUGUGUGUGUGUGUGAAAAGUUGGCUGCGCGCGCGUCAGUUUGUGUUGGACGUGUUGGUUUUAAAGGUUUUGCGCGCCGCUGCUGUGCCGUGGAGCCUCAGCCGCGAUGUAGCGAUGCGUAAACGCACCUAAACUUCUCCACGCGCGCACUCAGACAUCCAUGCAGCUGCUUUAGGGAAACUCAAGCACUUCUUUUGAAAGUUUAUAAUUUAUCUAACUUUUUUUGCUUGUAUUGAUGUUGUGUUUGUGUGUGUGCUUUUUUUUUUCCAUUUUUUAAAAUUAUGAGUCCCGCCCGGAGCUCAUAGCUGCAUGACUCCCUUUUAUUUCCCUCCACAUCACUGUCCCUCAGCCCAAUGAUGACUAUGAGCUCAAUAUCGGACACUUUGGUUCCGCCCGAUCCGUCCAAAUCCGCGUUUUUGGAGUUUGGCGGCCACAGCUACCCCGGACACCAGCAGCACUCCCCCGGUUUGUCCCACAAUCAUUAUCCGGUCCACGGUCUGCACGCGGUCGGACCAGCGCAGCACGACGGCCCCUUCGCACCCGGUGCGUCCUCGUAUGGUCGCCCGCUGGGAUACCCGCCCUACCAUAGCCCCGUGAGCGCACACCACCCCGGGGCCUACCUGCCGUACCAGCACGGGGGCCACGGAGGCGCGCUGGGACACACCAGACUAGAAGACACCGAGCAUGAGAAGCCCACCACGGUAAUAGAGAACGGGGAGGUGAGGCUGAACGGGAAGGGAAAGAAGAUCAGGAAGCCUCGGACCAUUUACUCCAGCCUACAGCUUCAGGCCCUCAAUCAGCGCUUCCAGCAAACCCAGUACCUCGCGCUGCCUGAGAGGGCUGACCUGGCAGCCAAACUGGGCCUGACGCAGACCCAGGUGAAAAUAUGGUUCCAAAACAAGAGAUCUAAAUACAAGAAGAUCAUGAAGAACGGACCGUGCGGCCCUGAGGGUGACCACCUAGCCCCGCCUCCACCGUCCUCCUCCUCCCCUUGCUCCCUGUGGGACAUCAACAUGGCGUCCAAAGGCGCCCCGGUGCACUCUGGAGGAUAUAUGAACAAUUUUGGACACUGGUAUCCUGGACACCAGCAGGACUCAAUGCCUAGGACUCAGAUGAUGUGACAGAUUGGAGGACACAGCAACACCACCAGGACAAAUGAUGGAUUUAUGGCAGCAAUCUGACUGGAGCUGUUUUAGGCACACAGACCGUUUAGCAACUCUGGAGGCAAAAAUGGUAAAGAAGGUAGUGCAGUCAACAGAAGGCCCUGAAGACGAGGGGAAAUAGAGCAGCUAAAUUGUAUAUUAUUCUAAUAUAUGGACAGCUAUUAGCAUUUUUAAUUUGAUUCAAAAUAUUACGAGUCAAAAUUGACGUAUUGGGGCCUCGUUUAAAUGACCUAUGGACACGAGCAAUGACAUGUGCUGGAUAUAAGAGAGAACCCAUUGGUUCUUGUGAGGUAAAAAUGGAUGUAGACUUGCAGUUGCAAAACAAACUCCUGCUUUGAAGCCUCAGGAUUUGACCAGCGCUUUGUCACGUUUUUGAAACGGGAAGUUCACCGACGUCGCCUUCAGUUGACUACAUGCACGGUCACUUCCUGGUUUUAAUAAACUGUCAGCCAAAGAUGUUCGGUGUCUGCAGAAGUAUUUAGCAGUGGCAUUUAGACACAUGUUUCAUUUUAGACCAUGUUGAAUCCCUCAGGGCUAACGACUAAAACAACUAUCAAAAGACAACGUAAACAUUUUACAUUGAUAUCAGAACUUUUAACCACUAAAAAAAAAAUAUUCCAAGUUUCCCCGUAGCGAUGAUUGAGUGGAAGUUAAGGGUUUGACUUAUAUUUUAGUGGAAGUUGUAAGUGACAUGCAUAUAAUCAGUUGACAGCUGUCCAAUAAGUGCUUGGUUAUUGCACAGUGCCAUCUGAACAUGAUUUACAAAAUUAGCAUCGUGUGUUAUCAAAGAACACCUGAAACUACAAAUUGAGGCCAUUAACUUGUUUAGCGAUGUUAUCAAGAGAGGAGUAGAGUCAAUUCCACGUAGACUUCCAUUCAAAUGAAGUUUGUUUUGCAACAAGCGGUGCGGCCCCCUGGUGGCUGUUCAUUAAAUUGUUCCUUCCCAAUGAGCCUCUCCCUGCAAACCAGAGGAAUACGUUCACCUUUCAUAUCGAGAUGAAUGUCCCUGUGACAAACGCUCGACUAAAUAAUUCCCAUUUAGAUGAAUUAAAAUAAACUGUAAGUUACUGUCCAGGCUGCUGCAGCAGGACAGGACAGCGGUUUGUUUGUUUGUUUGUUUGUUUGUUGCCUAUUGAUUCAAGGAUUCAACUUCUUCUUUGUAAGAGGAAGAAUAUGUCGCUCCUUCAGACGUCUCCGUCACAAAAUAUGAUUCUUUCUGCCUCCAGAGCAGCUUUAGACUUUUCAACAAAGCUACAACUC